AGAGAAGAUGAUGAGGAUUUGAGGGGCUAUUACGGAAAAACCCCGAUACUAUCUCCCCCCUUCUCUCACGCUCAUAACUCAUAGCUACUUUCGCCGGCGAUCGACUCCGGCGGUUGUCGACUCCUUCGGCCGUGGCGACAGAGCGUGAGAACGCCGAUCACCUCAUCGCCGAUCUCACGCGAGACAUAACCUAUUGCGGGACCCAAGCAUGGACGACGAUCCCUCGGGCGCUGCUUCGCAAGAUGGGCGAGAUGAAGAAGAGGAGGAAGACUAUGAGGAGAAUGGCGAUGGGAAUCGGCUCUUGGGUUUUAUGUUUGGAAAUGUAGAUGAUUCUGGAGAUCUUGAUAUCGAUUACCUUGAUGAGGACGCCAAGGAACAUCUUGCGGCAUUAGCUGACAAGCUGGGUUCUUCCCUUACAGAUAUUGAUCUAAUUAAAUCUUCACAUGCUUCAGCAGAUGCUACUGAACAAGACUAUGAUGAAAAGGCUGAAGAUGCCAUUGAUUAUGAAGACAUUGAUGAACAAUAUGACGGUCCAGAGAUUCAAUCUUCUACAGAGGAGGACCAUUUACUGCCUAAGAAAGAUUUCUUUUCUUCUGAUGCAUUGUUGGCCUCUUUGGAUCAGAAAGGGUCUGUCUUUGAUGAGGAUAAUUAUGAUGAGGACGAAGAAACUAUUAAGGAAAAUGAGGUGGAAAACAACAUUGAAGUCAAGGUGCUUCCUUCUGCAGAUGAGCAAUUGCAAAUAAGUUCUGUGCAUGCAACUUCACCUGAUGGCAUUUUGUCUGGAUCCCCAGAACUAGAAGCAGAAAUGGCCUUUGAAAUGGAGACUUUUCAGGCAGAAUCUGAUAUCGAGCAAGAUCCAGUUAAUUUCAGGAAUGAAACUUCUCUACCCAUUUUGUGUGUUGAGGAUGGGAUGGGCAUUGUAGGGGAGCUGGAACCUCACAUGGAAGUAUUGUCACCAGGAUCAAAAAGCAUUCAAACAUAUCUUCUGAACAGAAUGUUAGUAUAUGUCUACCGAGAGUUUCGUGCCAAUGAGAAACCAGAUAUCCUUCCUCUUAUUCGGGCUGAUGAUUUGGCGUCAAAGUUUCCUGGUCUGACAGAUGCUAUUGUACGUAAACGAUUGAAGCAUUGUGCAGACUUAAGGAAGGGGAAAAAUGGUAUGUUAGUUUGGGUUAAAAGACAUGAUUUUCGUAUUCCAUUGGAGGAUGAAUUGCGAAGAAUGUUGUCACCAGAGAACGUGUGCUCUUAUGAAAGUAUGCAAGCUGGCCUAUACCGGCUCAAACGCUUAGGAAUUAGCAGGCUUACCCAUCCUGUUGGCCUUUCUUCUGCAAUGAACCAGCUGCCUGAUGAAGCUAUUGCUCUAGCUGCUGCAUCACAUAUUGAAAGGGAACUGCAGAUAACACCAUGGAAUCUUACCAGCAAUUUUGUCGCUUGUACAAACCAGGAUAAGGAGAAUAUUGAGCGAUUGGAAAUUACAGGUGUUGGUGAUCCUUCUGGUCGUGGAUUAGGAUUUAGCUAUGUUCGUGCGAUUCCAAAGGCUCCCAUUUCAAACACAACAAUGAAGAAAAAGGCAGCUUCUGCAAAAGUAGGUUCAACAGUCACUGGCACAGAUGCUGAUCUGAGAAGAUUGAGUAUGGAUGCUGCACGUGAGGUUCUUGUAAAGUUCAACGUUCCUGAAGAACAAAUUGACAAGUUAACUAGGUGGCAUCGGAUUGCACUGGUGCGCAAGCUUUCGAGUGAGCAGGCUGCCUCAGGAGUAAAAGUAGAUGCAAUGACUCUUAGUAAAUUUGCACGUGGGCAGAGGAUGUCGUUUCUUCAGCUUCAGCAGCAGACAAGAGAAAAAUGUCAGGAAAUAUGGGAUCGACAAGUUCAAAGCCUUUCUGCUGCUGAUGGUGAUGAAAUAGAUAGUGAGUCAGAAGCAAAUAGCGAUUUGGAUUCAUUUGCUGGGGAUCUUGAAAACUUGCUGGAUGCAGAAGAAUUUGAGGAAGAAGAGGAUGACAAUGUCGACUCAAAAAGUGAUAAAGCAGAGGUUGUGAGAGGACUGAAGAUGAGAAGGGUCCCCUCUCAAGCUCAAAAGGAAGAGGAGAUUGAAGAUGAUGAAGCGGAAGCAGCUGCAUUGCGUCGUUUGCUCGAUGAUGAUGAAGCUGAGAUAAAGAAGAAGAAGAAGAAGAAAUCCACUUGUAACCAAUUUGGUCAUAAAAUUCAACUGGGCUCUGAUACAGUUGAUUAUUCCAAGAAAACAAAUCUUGCUGUUAGGCAUAAUCUUAGAAUGUCUCAUUCGGAUGGAUCAUUUGCUUUGAAAGAGAAGGUGAUGCACGAAACCAAGGAGGAAGAGAAAUUUCUUGUUGAAAAGGGUUUACCAGGAAAAGUUAAAACUAAAAAGGAAAAGAAGCCGGUGGAUAGAAGAGAGAGUUUCGUAUGUGGAGCUUGUGGUCAGCAUGGACACAUGCGAACGAAUAAGAACUGCCCAAAAUAUGGGGAAGAUGUAGAAACUUCAGAAUUAGAGACUGUCCCAGCCAAAUUGUACCAGCCUGAUUUAGGAAGCCAACAACUGAAACCUCCGAGUAAAAAGUUGAUACCCAAAAUUUCUGUAAAAGUAGCCGAGGCAGAGGUUUCAGAAAGUGGUGAAACGCCUGGUUUAAAAUCAGGUUCAAAGGUUAUCCCACUUAAGUUCAAAUGUGGCUCCUCUGACAAGGCUUCUGAGAAAAAUCUGGCAAGCACUUAUCCUUUUGAUAAGCAGACUGCUGUAAGUGCAGAGGCAGAAUCUAAACCAAUUAAGAUCAGUAAGCUUAAAAUUUCUAAUAAGAUGAAACCGGAGGAUGUUCAGUAUGAAAUAUCAAAGCCUUCAGUUGUAAUACGGCCUCCGGUUGAUGCGGAGAAAGAUCAACCUUCCAAAAAAAUCGUUAUAAAACAGCCAAAAAGUGUCAGUUAUGUAAGCCAAGCUGAUCCACUUGAUGUUGGAAUGGGAUACGAGUUCAGAAAGACAAAGAAAAUCACAGAACUAUCAAGCUCUGAGAAGGUGAGUCAGGAGAGCAAUUGGUUCAAUGAGGCAGAUAGUAGGAGAAAAGCUGUAUACGAGAGGAGGUUUUGGGAUGAGGAAGAGAGAAGAAGUGGUAAACAGAGAGUUGUGGAAGAGAGAACAUGGAGAAUGCCCGAGGAAAAUCUGCUAGAGCAGCAGAGAUUAGAUGGGACUAGUAGCUAUGAAGAACCAAUUUGGUGGGAGGAAAAGAAAUCUAAAAAGAAGAAAAAGAAAAAGAACAGACCUGAUUUCAGAGAUGAGUAUUUGUUAGAGCGUAAGCCAUAUAGAAGUGACCGUAGGAUUCCUGAAAGGGAUCGUGUUUCCAAGAGGCGGCCUAUCAUUGAUCCUAGUCACUUAGAAUAUGCACCUCCAUUAAAGCGACGCAGAGGAGCAGAGGUUGUAUUGUCCAAUAUAUUAGAAACCAUAGUGGAUAGUUUAAGGGAGAACAUCGAAAUAUCAUAUCUAUUCCUGAAGCCUGUGACAAAGAAAGAAGCCCCAGAUUAUCUCGACAUCAUCAAGCAUCCAAUGGAUCUUUCCACCAUCAGAGACAAGGUGAGGAGUAUGGAAUAUAGGAGUCGAGAAGAGUUCAGGCACGAUGUGUGGCAAAUCACUGUAAAUGCUCACAUUUAUAAUGAUGGUCGUAAUCCUGGAAUUCCUCCGCUUGCUGAUCAACUCUUGGAGCUCUGUGACUAUCAUUUGCAGGAGAAAGAUUAUAUUUUGACUGAAGCUGAAUCGGGAAUUGACAGAGAUACGUAGAUAUUUGACAUAAGCAUUUUUUUUUGGUUAGUUUUUCUGUAUGGCACAAAUUUUUGAUUAUAUGCCAUCAUUUGUUGUAUAGUAGCAGCGCUGUCUUGUAAUAUAUUCAUGUUUCUGAUCUAUCUAUAUUGUCCAAUUUCUUUCCCUUUGGUUUUUCUUUUGUACAACAGGCUAUUUGCAAACAUUUGUUAAUGUACCCCUUGCGCCUCCUGAGGCCUGAUUAUUGAUUGAA